CAGACCUAGCAAGAGCUUAUAACGCUGCAAGCGAAUCUCAGUCAAUUCUCAGCCAUUUGUCUUUAGACACCCAAAACUGUCGGCCUAGAACUGUGUCUUAUCCUCUGAUUUUUUGGGGCUAAUCGUCACCUCCGCGCUGGAAUGGAAGAUAUUCUACGGGACUUCUUCAAUGAUAACGAAAGAUACAUCAUGGCUACAUAUGGAUGCGAUGAAGACCUGAAACCAAAACGAGAGCAACGAGACCAUGAAACGUACUCUUCGUGUUGCUAUAGCAACACGGUUAGUACAUAUCAUGCUCUUCAUCCAGGACACGCCUGGGAACGUGUACAUUUUCUCAAUCUGAGAAGUGUUUAUGAAAAGGUGCAAUGUCGCAAGAACAAGCACUCAAAGCAACGCAUAACGCAAGCGAUAGUGGAUAUGAUGGUGACGUAUAGCGCGCAGAUUCAGCGACUCGAGGUGUACGUAGAGAGAAUCCCGGAGGCCGCUAAACUUUGCGGCGAUCACAAUGGACAAGUCCCUCUCAAGCCACGUAUGGAUAACAUCAUGUUAACAGAGGACUACCAAAGUCAUCAAUACUUCUCCGUGGACCUUGAUUCGAUUUACGAGUCCGCCGCCACAGGGUGCCCGGUCUACAAGCUCUCAACUGUUGACUCUGACCGAAGAAAUCGAUUUCGACUCGUUGUAUACAUUGUGUAUCUCGACGGCACCCGAAGCAAUCCGACGUACAGCCUGUCGUUCCUGCUUCGCAGCAAACGGACAACACGAUGCUCUCCUUUCUAAAGCUACUUGCGUUUUGUACUGAUGCGUCAUUCUUUAACUAUCCAUUUUACCAUCUACCGUGAGCCACGAUGGUAAAAACGUUUUUUUAAAGAGGCUUACUCGACCUACCCAUAAUGCAUUGCUAUGAGUGCUAUUUCUUAUAACAAUUGCCAUUUUUUUAAAGGCUUUCCUUGACAACAAUGCAAUGCAUUCUGGAACAGUUGAAUUUGUCCCCUACUUAUACAUUAUAACAUUUUUUUCUUCAACUUCAAUGUUUAAUUCCAGCUCUAAAAAGUGGGAUAUUGUUUUUUUGAAAUUACAGUAGUGUUUGGUGAGGCAGCUACUAAAAUGUGAUUUCCGCUGAAAAUUCGGUGUAUCAAGCAACGUGUUUUGUAAAUAUAUGUUAAGGUUAUAUAUUCAUAAAGUUAUCUUUCAUAAAUUCAGGUCACUUUUUGAUACGUUAUUUAUGUCAUUAACUUUGAUAACAUCGUAGUGACUAAUGCAAUAAAACGAAAAAAUGUAAAUACAUUCUUUUGAAAACAAAGAAAGGGGAAAUUUUAAUUAGUGACUGAAAAUACUUUGAAAUGUAUUGUUUUAUAGUAUAAUUUGUAUUGACGAUUUUUGAGUCUCCAAUUAUUUAGCUCUCUGUGAGAGAAACUUUGUAAACCUCAGCGGAAGUGAAAAAGUUACAGUAUCGAUCAAUGAAGGUCAACAUAUCAGAGAAUAUAGGAGCUAAUAUUAGUACGAUAUGUUAUAGUGCGAUGUAGUAUACGCUAUUUUCUAUCACACACAAUAGUUACUGUUAAUUUAAAGUUUAUACAAAAUUGAUCAUUAAUAAAAUGGAAUACUUUAUUAAA